AUGGGAGGUGGAAAGGAUAAACAUGCACAAUAUCCUCCUGGAGGACAGUAUCCUCCCGGAGGGCAGUUUCCUCCUGGAGCACAUGGAAUGAUGGCGGGAGUUGCAGCGGCUGGAGCAGCCGCGUAUGGUGCUCAUCAUAUGGGACACGGCGGAGGUCAUUACCCUGCACCAGGUACCGCUCAUUAUGGACAUUAUGAUCAUGGAAAGCAUGGCAACGGGCAUGGCAAGUUUAAGCAAGGAAAGGGGAAAGGCAAAUUCAAACAAGGCAAAUUCAAGAAGUGGAAGUAA